AUGACAACAAAAGUAAGUAAAACCAUUGUUAUUUUUUUGUAAACCAAUUGUUUAAUAAUCAAUAAUAAUUAUGAUACUGUUUAAAAUUACUCUACAGGUAAUAUUUGGUCAUAUACCCUCAGGGAGAGCAAGUUUCUAUCAUUCUAUGGCCUAGUUUAAAACAUUAACGGGAACAUAGACUUCACACAGUAGGCUACCAGUCAAAAGUUUGGACAAUGUCUCAUUCGAACAUUUUGUAUUACUCUUACAUGUUUUAAAUUGUAGAUGAAUAGUGAACAUCUUGAAACUACUGAAUAAAACAAAAUAUAUAUGAGAGAGGAAGGGAGGUGGAGGGAGACGGGAGAAGCCGAGCGGGAGGUGGGGGAGGGGAAGGCAGCAGAAGAGGUGGCUUUUUUGUCAGUCACAAAGAUGGAGGCCGAAAUGUUAACUUAGUGAAACAAAUGCUUGAAGCUGGCCGUUCGUUUGUGCCGUUAAAAUUUCGUUUGUGUUGCUUUAGUUUUAAGUUAUUACACAUUUUCAUUUCGGGGAUGACGUCUCCCAGCCCCCAUUUGCUUCAAUUGGACCCGAAAUGGUGCCGAUCGUUUGUGCCGCUGUUGCCGAGAAGUAUGCACCUCGCAGAAACUCGCACCGCUCAGGCAUGUCCAAACUAUUACACGAAGGGCUGUGUGGCUGCGUGUUUUUCCUCCAACCAAGCAGCAGCACACCAGACUUGAUUCAUUUCAUCAGCUGAUCUACGUCUUCAGACGGCUGAUUGGUCAGACUGCUGCUCUUGAUUGGUUGGAAGAAAAACCUGCAGCCACACGGCCCUUUGUGGAAUAGUUUGGACAUGCCAACACUGCAGUUUUUCCCGGGACUCUCCCUUAUUUCAGACCUAUCGCCCGCCCGCCUCCCGUACUGUCAUUUCUCCCAGGAAUCCCCCGUAGUUUGGGGGCCCACGUUCAUUCAUGAAUCGGAUCACUGUGUUUGUCAUGUUUCUUGACAACUGAAGAUUGUCCUGUGUUUCUGCUGAGCCUCACAGACACUGGAAAGAUACUUUUUCUUUACAAUUUGGGAUGUCGGUUUAAACUGUAAACUUUAUUCAACCAACUUUUGUUGCAAAAUGAACACAUCAAUGAAGGAAACAAACCUGAGAUAUAAUAUUUACGUUUAUAGUAUUUCACCGUCUCGGAGUGAUGCGUUCAGGGCAGCCUCAGACAAAAUAGUGCUGCAUUGCACGCACAGAUUUUCAGAGAGCCUCAUACAGGAGAGCAUGUAAAACGUGAGGACUUUAACACCAAUAUUUGGGGACUGAAUAAGUUCAAGGCAUAUCGUAGCUAUUAUUUUUUAUUACAAUUUGUUAUUGUUAAAACUAAACAAAAAGGUGUGCAGCUUCACUUAUACUUAUUUGGAUGAGCAAUCUAAUAACACAUACUUGCAGACAUUACAGGCAUCAGUAUUGCCGAGAAAUGCAUCCAACCUUAAAGUUUGAUUCUUUGGGUCUUUCCCAAACAAUGGGUGGGCUUUCCUGGUGUAAUAUUUCCAAAAAUAUGUCUUAUUUUUGUCUCAAUAGCUAAUUAAUGGGUGGAUGCAUACUGGCAAACAGAAAAACAGCUGAUAUAAGAUUAGUAUUAAGGGUCUGCCGACUACACAAUAACUUCGCAAAGAAACUCUUUGAUUCUAGUUGCUUGUUAACCUAUUGGUGAUAAUAUACGCUGAAUACAGUGGGCUCGAUCAAACGAGCACCUGAAAAACACAUUUCAAUUUAUCAUCAUAAUAAUUAUAAUUCAUCAAAUAAGAAAAAAUCUUAACAUUUUCAUACACAUGUAUUUGAACUAAAUGAUGAAUUUUCUCCUGUUCAGCUUUCAGCAGUCAGGAAGGUGGAGGCUGGGAAGGGAGCCGGGAAGGAGGCUGUGCCUCCUAAAAAAGAUCAUCCUGCAGUAGGUGUUUCUCACACUUGAAAGUAUAGUAGUGUGUCAAUAGACCAUACAAAGAUGCUGAAUUACAGUGCCUAAUCAGCUUGAUUUCUCAUACAUUAUUGUUUAUUUUAGCACCAUGCAUGUGCUCAGCCCCUCUGAUUUACAUGAGACAAGAGCCAGUAGUAUUUUUAGUGUCACAUGCAUAGUGAAUUCAGACAGUAAGGUGUUCCCUUAUGUUUUACAGGAAAAGAGCACGAUCACCGUGUCCCUGUGGAGGGAGGCAGCGGUGGAGCCCCUUGCAAUUGGGGAAAUGGUACGAGUGACCCACGUCAGGGCCAGCAACACGGAGUAUGGGGUACAGGUGAACUCCACAAACUUCACCAAAAUUGAGGUAAUUUGCUGUUGUCACUGUUUUCAGUUUGACAUAAUUUUUUUUUAAAUAUAUAACUCUCAUUUGUCCUCUUCACAAUUGGUAGUUUACAGAAUCACCAUAAAGGUUUAAUAAUUGAAUUAAUGUAAAGACCUAGACACAUGGACAGAAUUGUUAACACCCUUAUGUUAAAGAAAGAAAACCCCACAUCCAGUUGCAAGCUGACUUAAAUUUAACAAUGAACACCCAGACCUGAUUACUGCCAGACCUUAGGAAUCAAGAAGUCAGAACAAUAAUACCCUAAAUAUUAGUCAGUAUUGGGCCGUUAUUACAGAGAAAACAACAUAUGAUGUGACCAAAUGAUCUGAUUCCUUACUUGUGUUUACUUAUUUUGUCAACAGAAGCAGCAGAGUCAUCAGGAGCUGGAGGUGGCUGGUGUCCUCAAGGACGGUGAAGGGGCAGCGUCUUCUGGUUUUUUCCAGGUCCUGCUGGCAUGUGGAGAGACCUUGAUGAUAGACGAAGGCUUAUGGGACCCAUCUUUUGAUGCAGCUAUCCAAGAAGGGAUACUCAAACUUAGGGCAGAAUUGGAAGGGAAAAAGAUAAUUAAAGCAGCUAUGUAAAUAGUUAUCUUAAUGUUAUGUAAAUAGUUCCACUAGUUUGUUCUCACACACACACACACACACACACACACACACUCAACACACACAAACAGAAACACAGUAUGUUAUAAAAAAUUGUUGAAUGUUUUUGUUACAAAAAUAAAUUUGGUUGCUGCAAAAAAAGUAUUAAUUGAGCAUUUUUCAUAUCUAUAUACAUAUCUAUAUACAAGUACUUGUUGAUAAGAGAUGGUAGGUUAAGUCCAUAGACUGUAUAUAGAACGGACAGCGUCUGCCUCCUUGCUGAGUGAAGCCACUCCGAGAACAGCACCCUCUGUUGAUGGGCUGUAGUAUAGGUCAUAAAUCCCACCUCCGCCAGCAAAGCUUCUGGAGCUGUGGAAAAACUUCAGAAAUUUAUAACACAGAACAUACAUUUUUCUCCUCCCUGCUUGCGAUGUUGACAUGUAGUUACAGUAAGACUGGUUUGUGCUCAAGUCCUCUUUUUUUCUGUACAGCUCCGUUUUUAAAAGUUAUUAGGGUGUUCAUGGUUUCUAUGAUUGAAACUUGAUACAGCGUAAUGGCGUUCAGGGGUUGCGUAACUCACCCAGGGGAUACGCUGUUUGAGCCGAGCGUCAUCACAGCGAAUCUCCGGCCGAAUGCGCAGAAUGCUACUGCCCAGCGCCGGUUUCAGGAAUGAAAAAAAAUCCCAGAAAUACUGUGAGCUUUUUGGCUUCACAGGCAGGAGGCGAAACCAAGUUGUCCAUAAUAUAUACAGUCUAUGAUUAAGCCUUACGAUGCUGCUUGGAGGCUACAAUUAGUUUAUUAGCAAUGCUGGAAAAACUUCUUAACUAUAUCAUAACUCACAGAACCUGGACCGAUUUAAUUCUUCCAUACCUUAACCGUACACUAACUCAUGGUAAAACAGGUAAAUCAUGUGAUAAUGACUAAUCAGACGUACCUUUAGCUCAUGCAUCCUUAAGGGUCUUCUAGUGUGGGUUAUUAUUAACAAGUCGGUGAAUAAAUAAACAAUGGAGGAGACGCCACCGGUGAGGCGUAUUGCAAAAUUCGUGAAGUAGUCUACAAGAUGACCGAGGACAGCAAGGCCAUGCAGUGGCGACCGGAGGCGGCCCCUCAGCAAGUGUCGCGGUAAGUGCUGUGGGGGGCAUCCACACUCUCUUGAAUCAGCACAGAGGGAUUUGGUGUGUGUGAGGUUGAGCCCACAGGUAAGACGAACAUUCUUUUCCACAAAAAAGACAACACAAAAAGCAAAAGUAGGUCAGUGGGUCAGACAUUGGUACGGUAAGGGACAAAGGACUGACACCGAAAAAUACAUCCAAAAUCCUUAAAGAUGAAAUCAAAACUUUGUCUUAGGGAGUACCUCACCAAACCCAAGAUUCCAAAGGGGAGGACACGAAUGGCAGUGUUUGAGCCCUUUCUUAGGGGCGUUUAUUCUUAAAAACAAUAAUAAUGACAUUUCAUCUUGUUUUGGUUGCAUCUUGACCGAGUAAAUUAGUACGUGUUGUGUGGCAUCGUGUGUGGCGUCCUUCAUCACUGAAUGUCAUUGACCUUGAGUUUUUCGUUUCCCACCUCAUUGGUUUAGUCUGCUUUACGUUUUGACCUUGAUCUGACCCAGGUUUGAGCAAAUUAUUGAUAAAGUCCAUGGUGCUGACCAUGGUGCUAAAAUGGCCUCUCGGCAGUUGUGGUGCUAGAUUAUACAGCUGUUUAGAUUAACCAACUGUGUAGCGGUUAUGUUAGGGACUCAGCAGUUGCUGGCUGCUCCGGGGUAGAGCCAGACCUGGUGCCUGACCAGCAGCCCCUCUCCUUACCCGCGCUGGACAUUGGAAAUAAAAGCACCAGGUCUCCUUAUGCUGCAGGUGACACCCAGACCGUGGAUGAUGAAAACCCUCCUCUGGAUUGUUCUCCGACUCAUCUGGUCCAUUUUGCUUAAAACGUCCAGGACGCCGACAUUAAAAGAUACAUCCUUAAGAUGGGCCCAUGCAGACCCAAAUAUCCGUUUGGGAGUGAUAACGACAAUCGGGUUUUUUCCCGGAAAGUUAUUACACCUCUACCACUAAAGUUGGGAUGAAACUUCCCUGCAGCUGGAUGUGCUAUACCCCCAAAUUAGACUGCUGUUACUGUGAGCCUUGCUGGCUUUUUGCCAACCGAAAUGCCCCAUAUGACAACAAUGUAGGGUAAAGCUGAAUCAGGGACUGUAAACAUUUUUUCUGCCAUAGUUGAGAAGCAACUACAUCUUGCUGCAUGCAUAGUCUACGAGCAGUGGAAACUCAACGACACAAUAGAAUCCGAAAUGGAGAGGAAUGUGCGUAAUGCAGCCUUGUUGUGGAGACAUGUUGUGGAGUGCAUCUUACUCUGGCAUCAUGCAACCUGGCAUUUCAGGGGGCGCAGGGAAGUUCUAGGUCAGGGAAAUGCUGGCAACCUUUUGUCAAUAAUCGGGUCAUUAGCUCACUGCAACCCUGUUUUGAAAGAGCUAAUCAACCGACCAGAAGGGUUAGUGAAAUUCCGAAGACACCAGAUUCACAUUUGAAAAACCUUUAAUACAAACACACACACACAAAUCACAAAAAUAAUUCAUAAUUAUUACAAUUUGUCAACAGUAUAACAACAUAAACACAGAAAGUAUAGAGUGGAACAUGAGGAAUAGUAUGCAAAAAUAACUCCGCAGUUUACUGUACAGUGUAGUGCAGUAGUAUUAUACAGAAAUAGCCUUAAAAUAAUGUGAAGGGUAAGGUAAAGAAUGCUAAUGCAAAAAUACAAAGUCAUCCACACUUGUGUAAAUAUACAGGCAAGGUAAGAUGAAAGGUUUAUAAAUGAAAUAUGGCAUUAUUACCUCCACUGAGCAGGUUAUGUUUUUGGUAGAGUUGGUUUGUUUGUUUGUUUGUUUGUUUGUUUGUUAGCAACUUUACGGAGAAAGUUACAGACGGAUUGACCUGAAAUUUUCACCAGAGGUGCGUCUCAGCCCCAGGCGGAUCCCAUUAAAUUUUGGUGGUGAUCCGGAUCGCCUUCUGGAUCCAGGAAUUUUUUGAAGGAUUCUUUAUCAUUGUGAGAUAGGGCAAAUUUUGGAAUUUUUGCAUUGAACUCUAUAAAAAUGGCCAGAGUCUUUAGUAAAAAAUUACACAAAAAGAUCUCAAUGAGUUUUAUGAGGUGUCAAAGGUUGAUCCAGACAAAAUUCUGGAUACUGUGAUCCAGAACACACGAAAAUUAGGGUGUCGUCGGAAUUUUUUAAUGCUGAAAGAUAACCAAUGAAGAUACAAGGAAGCGUACGCUUACAAAUAUUGCAUAAUAAAUCAUGCAUUUAUGAAUGUAAUAUGAGCUUUGUUGUUUUAAGAACAUUAUGAACAGUGAACAUACCAGUUUAAAGACAAAUAAAAGUACAUAAAGACAAUCAGUCGGUUCCUCGCUAAGUACUUUGUUCUGUUUUGGCACUUUUGUUCAAAACCAAAAGCAGAGCCCAGUACAGUUUAGAGUGAAGGUUUAAAGUGAGGUAAGUAAUCAAUACAAAAAUCCUGUGCUAACAGUAAUACUGUGCUUUUCUAUGUUGGUCAAAGAUGGUUAUUGUUAUGGGGCAAGGAAAUACACCGUUACCUCAGGGAAAGUUCAAAGCUGCAGUGAGGAUGAACUGAUGAUCUGAAUGCGAUGACAUUUGCUGCAGCUUGCUUCACAGGACUGCAGGACUUGUAGGAUCAUCAUUAGUAGGACUCUGCUGAGCUGCACCGGCUACACUGUGGAAAUAGUUCUGUCCAGAGCCACUUCACCAGGUCUGCAUGCAGCAAAGUUUCCUCACACAGAGAGGCUUUGGAUGGCUGCAUGAUGUCCACCUUUAAAGCGUUCAGCGGCCUGAGUGUCUGAGCUGUUCUUCCGCUCUUAACGUUCAAUUGGUUUGAAGAAGUAUGCGUAUACUAAGGCACCAAUAACUGUUUCAGAUGUUAGGUAGAUGUAUUUAUGACCUUUGAGAAAGAUUUUGUCUUGCCAGAAUCAACAUAGCAGUUUCAACAAGCAAAAACAGCAGCACCAUAUAAACGUUUUUUUGUGUUACUCACGUAUAUGUACAUUUCUGGCUGGUCUUUUGUCUCUUCCUGUAGAGAAAGCCACUUUGUAAUACUAGUUCUGUAAGUUUUCCAACGUGUCCUUGUAAAGUCGAGAACGUCUUCACUCUGGACAGAUGGUAGAUGCAUAUAGCAUUGUUUUGUUCCUUUUUGAUGCACUUUUGAGGGCUGUUUUCUUUUUUUCCUGUUCUUUUCUUCCUCUUCGCUUGUCUCGCAGCUAGAUGCGCUCGUCGCCAUGUUUGUGUAUUUCUGAUACUAUGGCAACGAGACUCGGCUCCUAUUGGUCCACGUGACAAAAAUCGCUUCACCCCUCUGCAUAUUCGAUUGCGCGUGUGCAAGUAUCACUACGCCACAGAAAGGAAAUAGUUCGACACCGAAACACUGAUUACUAAAAAUCGACAGGAUGGCAUGAGUAGAUUUUUUUUUUUUUAGCACUUACUAUAAUAUACCUAUUUUAUGAAUCACAGUUUAUGUUGCCCCACUGAAGUGGAACGAACCAACACGGUCUCGCUCAGCCAACACAGCCUAUAAAUCAAUCAUAGCAACAAGCUUCCAGAAACGUCACUGUUGACAGACAGCCAAUCCCGUGGCAGAUGGUGACAGCCAAUCCCGUAGCAGAUAGUGACGUUGGUGAGUUCAAACGAGAGCGCGAGAACAGCCCUUUUUUUGAGACGAGAAGGAGACCGGAGACCUGAAGGGAUAGAAGAAACGGACAAGACAGGAAAACGACAACAAAAGUAAGUAAAACUAUUGUUAUUUUUGGUAAAACAAUUGUUUAAUAAUCAAUAAUAAUUAUAAUACUGUUUAAAAUUACUCUACAUGUAUUAUUUGUUCAUAUACCUCCAGGGAGAGCAAGUUUCUAUCAUUCUAUGAGUGGCCUAGCUGAAAACAUUAACGGGAACAUAGACUUCACACAGUAGGCUACCAGUCAAAAGUUUGGACAAUGUCUCAUUCGAACAUUUUGUAUUACUCUUACAUGUUUUAAAUUGUAGAUGAAUAGUGAACAUCUUGAAACUAUUAAAUAAAACAAUAUAUAUAUGAGAGAGGAAGGGAGGUGGAGGGAGACGGCAGAAGCGGUGGAGAGCGGGAGAUGGGGGAGGAGAAGGCAGCAGAAGAGGUGGCUUUUUUGUCAGUCACAAAGAUGGAGGCCGAAAUGUUAACUUAGUGAAACAAAUGUGGAGAAAUACUUGAAGCUCUCUUAUUUAGUAUCAUAAUUUUUUUUUUUUUCAAUAGUUUUAAAUUAGUUUACAGGUUGUUAUCUUACGAAGAGCAAGUUCGUAUCUUUCAGUCAUCAGUACUUAGUACCUGCGUGAAGCUGGUCCCCCACCCCACGCAAAAUGUCGGGAAAAUAGUCUACUUGUUUAUGCUGGUUUGUGCCGUUAAAAUUUCCGUUUGUGCCGCUAUGGAUUUUAAGUUAUUAAAUACUGUUUUUUAGGUCACCCAGCCCCCCCCCCCCCCCCAUUCGUUCCGAAUGGACCCGAAAUGGUGCCGUUCGUUAGUGCUUCGUUUGUGCCGUUAAAAUUUUCGUUUUCAGACCUAUCUCCCACCCACCUCCCGUACUGUCAUUUCUCCCAGGAAUCCCCCGUAGUUUGGGGGCCCACGUUCAUUCAUAAAUCGGAUCACUAUAUUUGUCAUGUUUCUUGACAACUGAAGAUUGUCCUGUGUUUCUGCUGAGCCUCACAGACACUGGAAAGAUACUUUUUCUUUACAAUUUGGGAUGUCGGUUUAAACUGUAAACUUUAUUCAACCAGUUUUUGUUGCAAAAUUAACACGUCAAUGAGGGAAACAAACCUGAGAUAUAAUAUUUACGUUUAUAGUCUUUCACCGUCUCGGAGUGAUGCGUUCAGGGCAGCCUCAGACAAAAUAGUGCUGCAUUGCACGCACAGAUUUUCAGAGAGCCUCAUACAGGAGAGCAUGUAAAACGUGAGGACUUUAACACCAAUAUUUGGGGACUGAAUAAGUUCAAGGCAUAUCGUAGCUAUUAUUUUUUAUUACAAUUUGUUAUUGUUAAAACUAAACAAAAAGGUGUGCAGCUUCACUUACACUUAUUUGGAUGAGCAAUCUAAUAACACAUACUUACAGACAUUACAGGCAUCAGUAUUGCCGAGAAAUGCAUCCAACCUUAAAGUUUGAUUCUUUGUCAACAGCAGCACAAAUGAAGCACUAACGAACGGCACCAUUUUGGGUCCAUUCGGAACAAAUGGGGGGCUGGGUGACCUCUAGGUGACCUAUAAAACUAUAUUUAACAACUUAAAAACCAUAGCAGCACAAACGAAAAUUUUAACGGCACAAACGAAGCACAAACAAAGCAGACUAUCCCGGAAUUUUGCGUGGGGUGGGGGGCCAGCUUCACGCAGGUGUACUUAGUGUGUAACACGAAUGGGGAACAUAGAGUUUAUACCAGUCAAAAGAUCGGACAACUUCUCAAUCAAGGGUGUUUUUAACAUUGCAGAUUAAUACUGAACAUUUUCAAACUUUUUUGUUCUAGAAUGGCACUGAGAAGGCUGCUGGAGUCUCGGCCAGAUCCUCAGGGCAAGCUGCCGCCCCUGCACAUCCUCUUCUUAAAGAUAGAAGACUCACCGAAAGUGGUCUCCUGGGACUUCAAGGAUGCCCAUGCUACCCCGACCUGCAUAAAAAAUAACAAGGUAGCUGUUAUCAGCGAUGGGGAAACAGUCACCAAAGUUCUUUUAUUUGAGGCCAUGGCAGGGAGAGUGGCAGUUGAAGAGUCCUAUUAUAUGAGGGGACACACUCUUUUCGGUAAGUGCCCCCCCUAUAAAAUUAACGUCGGUGCCGGGACUCAGUUUUUUCGUGGCGGCAAACUGAAGUGCCCUGAGGAUCUGGCAGCAAGAGCAGAGGCCCUGCUGCACCCGGCCUCACCAGUGACAACGAUCCGUCAGUGCCAGGAGCAGCAGGGCCUGAUGACGAUUAAGGGAGUGAUUGUAGAGGUCAGUAUUAACCUUUAUGGUGCAGCCAUGUAUCUGGGCAAUUUUUAACCCUUGAUUCCUGUUCAUUUUUAAGCUCCAUCUAGCCUACUGUGUCCCCAAAAUGGACAUGCGGAUAAGUGUUCAUAAAACAACCCUUUUUUUUUUCUUUUUCUUUUUUUUUUUUUACAUUUUAAAACUUUUCUCAACUCAUAUUUCUUAAACAACUUCAGCCCUCACCAUUAAAACAAUAAUAAAUAAAACAAAAUCAAUGUUACACCCUUUUUAUGCCACUUAUUGUGCACCAUGUCACUGCUAUUUUUAAUGGUAAAACCAUAGACUGUAUAUAAGAUGGACAGAGUCUGCCUCCUCGCUGGGUGAAGCCACUCCGAGAACAGCACCCUCUGAUGGUGGGCUGCAGUACAGGUCAUAAAUCCGGCCUCCGCCAGCAAAGCUUAUGGGACUGUGGACAAACUUUAGAAAUUUAUUACACAGAACAUACAUUUUUCUCCCCCCUGCUUGUGAUGUUGACGUGUAGUUAUUGUAAGACUGGUUUGUGCCUAAGUCCUUUUUUUUCUUUACAGCUCCGUUUUUAAAAGUUAUUAGGGGCUUCAUGUUUUCUAUGAUUGACACCUGGUACAGCCUAUGGGCGUUCAGGGAUUGCGUAGCUCUUCCGGGGGGAUACGCUGUUUGAGCCGAGCGUCAUCACAGGGACUCUCGGCGACUGUGCGGCCGAAUGCGCGCAUCGCUACUGCGCAGCUCUGGUUUCAAGGAAGUGGAGAAAAACCCGGAAUUACCGAGAGCUUUUUGGCUUCAAAUCCGUAAACAGGCGGAAGGCGGAACCAGGGUGUCCAUCUUAUAUACAGUCUAUGGGUAAAACACACAAAAUUGCCAUAUUUACUAUAUGAAAUGACCUAGAUGGAUUUUUUUUUUUAAAUAAUUAGAGUCUGGGCCAUGUCAAUGAUCGGUAGUAAAAUCGAUUUAGGUGCAUUAAAUUUUUUUUGUAGUGACAGAGUAGUAGAGGAGCCAAUUUUAUAUAUAUAUAUAUAUAUAUAUAACUAAAUGAUGAAUUUUCUCCUGUUCAGCUUUCAGCAGUCAGGAAGGUGGAGGCUGGGAAGGGAGCCGGGAAGGAGGCUGUGCCUCUAAAAAAGAUCAUCCUGCAGGAGGUGUUUCUCACACUUGAAAGUAUAGUAGUGUGUCAAUAGACCAUACAAAGAUGCUGAAUUACAGUGCCUGAUCAGCCUGAUUUCUCAUACAUUAUUGUUUAUUUUAGCACCAUGCAUGUGCUCAGCCCCUCUGAUUUACAUGAGACAAGAGCCAGUAGUAUUUUUAGUUUCACAUGCAUAGUGAAUUCAGACAGUAAGGUGUUCCCUUAUGUUUUACAGGAAAAGAGCACGAUCACCGUGUCCCUGUGGAGGGAGGCAGCGGUGAAGCCCCUUGCAAUUGGGGAAAUGGUACGAGUGACCCACGUCAGGGCCAGCAACACGGAGUAUGGGGUACAGGUGAACUCCACAAACUUCACCAAAAUUGAGGUAAUUUGCUGUUGUCACUGUUUUCAGUUUGACAUAAUUUUUUUUUAAAUAUAUAACUCUCAUUUGUCCUCUUCACAAUUGGUAGUUUACAGAAUCACCAUAAAGGUUUAACAAUUGAAUUAAUGUAAAGACCUAGACACAUGGACAGAAUUGUUAACACCCUUAUGUUAAAGAAAGAAAACCCCACAUACAGUUGCAAGCUGACUUAAAUUUAACAAUGAACACCCAGACCUGAUUACUGCCAGACCUUAGGAAUCAAGAAGUCAGAACAAUAAUACCCUAAAUAUUAGUCAGUAUUGGGCCGUUAUUACAGAGAAAACAACAUAUGAUGUGACCAAAUGAUCUGAUUCCUUACUUGUGUUUACUUAUUUUGUCAACAGAAGCAGCAGAGUCAUCAGGAGCUGGAGGUGGCUGGUGUCCUCAAGGACGGUGAAGGGGCAGCGUCUUCUGGUUUUUUCCAGGUCCUGCUGGCAUGUGGAGAGACCUUGAUGAUAGACGAAGGCUUAUGGGACCCAUCUUUUGAUGCAGCUAUCCAAGAAGGGAUACUCAAACUUAGGGCAGAAUUGGAAGGGAAAAAGAUAAUUAAAGCAGCUAUGUAA